AUGAAUACAGUAUCUCUAAUGAACGAUUCAAUCUUAAAUUCAGAUACAAAUAAAAGACUUUAUACUGGAAAAGAGGAAGAAAAUAAUGUUUUUAUUAACACCAUGUCUAUUAAUAACCAACAAAAAAAUUUAGAAAAUGAUCGUAUUAUUACAAGAUAUAAAAACUUAAAUCCUCAAAUUGAUAUAAAUGUUUUGAGAAAUUGUUUAGA